AUGCAUUUGCUAUUUCCUCUUUUUUUGGCGCUUUCUGUGACAGGUAGCUUAGUAGAAGUCGAUAUCAGUAAGGUGAAUGAAACUUUAAAACACUUUGUCCCAUAUAUUGGGUAUAAUGAACGUUCAGAAUCUCGACACAACUUGCCUGUGUAUUAUGACUAUUCCGAUCCCAAAGAAUUCAAAUGGGACUCAACAUUGUCAAUCGUUCAGAACCGAACAGGUACUGUAAAGAUGUCCAGUCCUCGUCGUCCACAAAUCAUUGAUAUGAAAGAAGAGGCUUGGCUUCAGUAUGACCGCAAUUUGACACUUUACUCAUUAACAAAACAACCCCCACAAGUUGAAGUGGAGUCUCCGUAUAAUCAACAAAUCGAUCAAGAUGCUCCAAUGACGCAUCACCUCUAUUUUUAUUCAGAAAAGAUUAAGAAAGAGUUCAUUUUGACAUGUAUUAAAGGUAAAUUGAAUGCCCUCUCCACCGCAUAUCUAACUAUAUCACACAAGGAUAUUGGUGAUUGUGGACAGUAUAUAUCAGCUGGAAACACUGUUGUAGCUGUUAAAAACGACACUAAAAUAACAGUUUAUAGUUAUUACAAUGGCCCAGACUUUACUUCUGUUAUUGGACAAUACAAGUUUUUUCGGAACAUCAAACUUGCAGACUCAACUUCAGAAACUUUUCAAUAUGACCCAAUUAGAAUGACUCGAGACAAUAUAUUAUACGUUCCAGUGUCCGGGAGUAACAAAGUCUCUGUGUUUGACGAGAAAACUAAAUACGAGAAAGAAGACAUUUUGUCUGUUCCAUUCUAUCAAGAGGGUACUACUGAGUUCUUAAAACCACUGAAGUACUCCCCCUUUGAAAAUAUCAUUUCAUACGGACAAGUCAUUUUAGUGGGGACGCCGGGGUACUCGACACCAACUUUAAAAUUUUGUGGAGGAGGCUACGUCUUUUUUGAUAACAUUUUAGACCCAAAUUUCCACCCGAGAUUUGUUACUAUCAUCAAAAUUAACUCGACGAUUGCGUACUCAUACUUGGGAUACUCGGCCAGUACAUCUGCAAAGACAGCAUGGCUGGGCGGGUUCCAUACAAUAAACACUGAUUAUACAUAUCCAUCAUUGACUACAUCAAUUAAAAAAUUGACACAAGAGUAUUGUACAUAUUCGGUGUGUGAGUGUCACAAUAACUACACCUUUGUUAAUGGGACGUGUGUUUUAAAUACAAAGCAGAAGACAAGUAAAGCUCUGAUUAUUGUAUUGUGUUUAAUAUCGUUCUUACUGUUAAUAGGAUGCGGCGUCGCUGCUAUUUUAGUCUUCGGCGUGUGGAGGAAGAACAAGAAGAGGACGCCACAAACCAAAUUCAAGAUCGGCAAUUACGCGUACGAGUUCACCGCAGUCGACAAAUUCCCGUUGUCCUUGGACACUAACACUCUCUCCUUUGGGUACGACAAAACUAAGGCGCCUGUCGACGAAGAGUUAAGACAGACACUUAGGGUUUUGAAUAACACCAAAAAGACUUACAAAUACUCGUUUAAUCCACAAGAGACGGAGAACCACCACUUCACCAUUUCGUUCAGUCCAAAGACAGGCAAAUUGGCUGCUGGAAUCUUCCAAGAAAUCGAAGUCAAGUGCAAGUUUUUGUGCACAUGCAGACCCACCGAAAUUGUUGACUUAAUGGCGUGUCAAUGUGACGACGACAAAGCUGAAGAAGAGCACACGGCCAUUAAAAUAGGGUGUGAGAGUAUGAAUAGUGUCAAAUUGGACUACGAAGAGUUUGUGAAAGACCGCGUGAUAGGCGAAGGCUCUUUUGGUGUCAUUUUCUUGGGGAAGUAUCGAGGAAACGUUGUUGCUAUUAAGAAGACUAAGAACUUCUCAUGGCCCGAAGAUGUCCUUGAGAAUUUCAGGAAGGAGGUUGUCAUGAUGAAUAAGACGCGAUGCCCUUAUAUAGUCAACUUUGUUGGAUGUGUAGAUACUCCUGACCAAUAUGCCAUUGUAACCGAAUACGCACCAUACGGCAGUUUGAAAGAUGUCUAUGAAAGUCCAAAGUUCACCGAUAUCUUAGCUACAAAGUGUUUGACUGAUGUCGCAAAUGGGAUGGUAUUCUUGCACUCUUCUUUAAUUAUUCAUAGAGAUUUAAAGCCAGAGAACGUCUUAGUCUUUUCAAUGAGAAAGAAGGAGAAAGUGAAUGCUAAAAUAUCGGACUUUGGGACAAGUCGAGACAUCAGUUAUUCCAAUGUAGUCAGUAACAAUGGAAUGACACAAGGAGUCGGUACACCUUUAUAUAUGGCACCCGAGUUAUUGUCUAAGGAGAAAACGGAAUAUGGGCAACCAGUCGAUGUCUUUGCGUACGCAAUUUUAACAUUGGAAGUGAUGACUAGGAAAGUGCCAUAUUUGAGUCAAACGUUUAACCACUCAUGGGACGUUUCAGACUUUGUUAUCAAAGGCGGAAGACUGGACAUUCCUAAGAACUUCCCAGAAGGAAUUUCUCAAUUAAUCGCCGACUGCUGGGACAACGAUCCCAACAAGCGACCCAAAUUUCCCGAAAUUCGCGAUCGAAUCGAAGCCAUUUGGAAUGGACUGUACAAAAAGUACUUGGACGACAAAUCGGAGAAAGAAAAGGCUUUGAAUGCACUCGAGGCGUCACAGCCGCACAAAAUCGACAAGAAUGAGGAAAAGAAGAAAGAGAAAAAAGAAGAGAAGACGCCUAUUUUGGCAGUCAACUAUGAACAAUCAUCACUUCUGACCCCAAAAGAAGACAUCACAGUCACUUCAGUCGUUAACGACUCAUCACUCGUAAAUGUAAUAGAUGAACCACAGGUCGUUGGCCACGAAGACGUACUUACCGCAAUUGUCGAUGAUGUGUUCUAA